AUGUCAAAUAACAACAUCGGCGGCGUUCAUUGUUUCAUCAAAGAAGAAAAUCAAAAACAGCAACAAUGGACUAUUAGUGCUGGUAUUAAGACAAAGAAUGCUAGUGAUGAUAAAUCAAAAGACUUUGAAGAAUUUGAAGAAAAGCUCAAUAGUAGUGGUAAUUUUGCAGUUUACUUUCCUUUGGGUAAAUGUGCAAAUACAUCUUGUGUCUUCUAA